AUGCGGACGCCGGCGGAGAUGAUCGUGGGGCUGGUGCUGUGCCCCUGCGGGCUCCUGCUGACACUCACGGGCACGCUGGCACCCAGCUGGAGGCAGGUGAGCCUCAUACCUGACCAGCCCAUGGACGUCAUUUGGGAGCAGGGCAUCUGGGACAUAUGCAGGGAGCGGCAGAGCACCCACGACCGCCUCUGCGGGCAGGCCGACGAGCUGGGCUACUUUGAGCAGGUGCCCGUGCGGGUGGCCCAAGGGCUGAUGCCCUCCUCGCUCGUGGUCACCCUGGUGGGCUUGGUGGUGGCUGCCCUGGGUGUUCGCUGCUGGCAGCCCGAGCCCCGGCACCUGGUGGCCGGCGUGGCAGGGCUGGUGCUGCUCCUCUCCGGGCUGAUGAGCCUCGUGCCCAGCUCCUGGUACACCCAGGAGCUGUGGGCACUGCCUGCCCCACCUGGCAGCACGCUAACCGUAGGCUACAGCUUGGUACUGAGCUAUUUGGGAAGCUGUCUGGAAAUCCUGGGGGGGCUGGCCCUCACCCUCAGCUUCCAUCACUGCUGUAAGGAGCGCAGAGCUCCCAAAUUGCCCCCCACCCCUGUGACAGAGGCUGGCUCGGGCUUCAGUAGAGCUUACAACAAUCCCUGGGACGUGCUGGAGGAUGAGAAGGAUGGACAGCGCUGGGGGAGGAGCCCACCUUGUGACUCUGACUUGUAG